UGCACCAAUCUAUACUGUAGACCCGCCAUGGCAGCUCCAGAUAGAUAUCGCUUUUGGAACAGGGAUGUUGCUGCUUGUCUCAACUACAUGCACAUCCUUCGUGAGCUUCGACGUAAUGGCAUGGUUCCUCAUAGGUUUCGCCGGGUUGCUGUUGCUCCUACAAGACGUCGAAGAAGAGUGGACGAUCAGGAGCAACCAAGAACUAGAAUACGCUUAGACGAUGAUUCUCCGUCCUAG